CUCGGAUCGUCACAUGGGGCACAAAAUAAUUUCUCCCUUGCCCUUCCCCGGGGCUGUGUAAUCGGUAUCCCCCCUCCCCAAUUUUAUUUUUUGUUCAUCAACUUUUUUUUUGACCGCGAUCCGCUGAUGGAGGUCCUCAGGACGUGGAUAGCUUCUUCGCAGUUCAUUCGUUUCAACCCCAGCUCUACCUUCGCUUUCGCGGUCAGGGCCAGUGCAAGGGUCCGCUGCUGUUCCUCAGCUUCCUCCGCCGCGACCGACGCCUGUGAGAGAAGCAUCUCGGCGGACGGAAACCAGCGCACCGACCGCCGCCGAAGGAGCUCCUCGUCAACAUCAGACAGAGACUCCAUUCGGGCAAUCCGUCUCCAGAAGGUUGAAGAAUUAAGGAGCAGAGGCUAUGAACCAUAUGCAUAUAAGUGGGACAGAAGUCACAAAGCAAGGCAGCUUCAAGAUAUUUAUGCUCAUUUAGAAAAUGGAGAAGAGUGUAAAGACGACUCCGUAUCAGUUGCAGGAAGAGUUAUUGCCAGUAGAAAGUUUGGUAAACUUGCUUUCUAUACUUUAAGGGACGAAUCUGGAACUGUCCAGCUCUACUUUGAGAAAGGAAGCCUUCCAGAGGAUCAGUUCGAGCUGAUAAAGGCUUAUAUUGACAUUGGUGAUAUUUUGGGAGCAUGUGGCUCUAUAAAGAAGACAGAUAAGGGGGAGCUUUCUGUUUUCGUGAAAUUUGCCAAACUUCUUACGAAGUCCUUGCUUCCCCUUCCUGACAAGUAUCAUGGCUUAGCUGAUGUGGAUAAACGUUACCGUCAGAGGUAUGUUGACAUGAUUGCAAAUCCAGACGUUGCUAAUAUUUUCAGAAUGAGAGCAGAGAUUGUGUCAGAAAUCCGAAAAACCAUGGAUUCUUGGGGCUUUAUUGAAGUUGAAACUCCAGUAUUACAGGGCGCAGCUGGUGGUGCAGAGGCCAGGCCCUUUAUUACGUACCAUAAUUCUCUUGAAAGAAAUCUAUAUUUGAGAAUUGCAACAGAGCUGCACCUGAAAAGAAUGUUGGUUGGGGGAUUUGAAAAAGUUUUUGAGAUAGGAAGAAUUUUCCGGAAUGAGGGCAUCUCCACACGUCAUAAUCCUGAAUUUACUACUAUUGAGAUGUAUGAGGCGUUUUCAGACUAUCAAAGUAUGAUGGACAAGGCGGAGGAAAUCAUUACCAGAUGCGCACUCAGAGUACAUGGAAAGCUUAAAAUUGAUUACCUGGGAACAGAAAUUUGUUUUCAACGACCUUGGAGGAGGGAAACUAUGCACAAUCUUGUUAAAGAAGCUACUGGUGUCAACUUCGGAGAGUUUAAGAAUGAUCUUAAGGCUGCUAAAGAGGCUGCGAGAAAUAUUCUAAAAGCCACAGAAGAAGAUUAUGAUGUUCUGGUACAAGCAUGUCCAUCCGUUGGUCAUGUUCUUAAUGAAGUUUUUGAGAUGAUUGUUGAGCCAAAGCUUCUGCAACCAACAUUUGUUCUCGACUAUCCAGUUGAAAUAUCACCACUAGCUAAACCACACCGAUGGUGUCCAGGCUUAGUUGAGCGGUUUGAGCUUUUCAUUUAUGGCCGGGAGCUUGCAAAUUCAUUUUCCGAACUGACAGAUCCCAUUGAUCAGAAACUUCGCCUUCUGGGGCAAAUAGAACAACAUAAUGAAAAGCGAGCAGCAUUUGCUGAACAGAAACGAGCGAAUGAUGAUUAUUCAUAUGAUGUCUCUCUUGAUGAAGACUUCAUAACUGCGUUAGAGUAUGGCAUGCCUCCAGCUUCAGGAAUGGGACUUGGAAUUGAUAGAUUAGUGAUGCUUCUAACUAAUUCUGCAAGCAUAAGGGAUGUUAUAGCAUUCCCUGUUCUCAAAAUUCAGCAGUAGGAUUAUGCCUUGUAUAUCUUUGGUUAUAUUGGGGAGAUGCUUUACAAGAAAAAGAUAAUUCUUUUGUUAAUUUAUCGCUGGAAGAAAUCAUUUAGUAUCUUCUGUUCAAAUAAAACCAAUGUCAGAAAAAGCUCGAGAAGUUAUCGAAUUUUCAUUCUUUCCUGCUUGACGCGCUACAUAUUUCUUUUUCUCUAUGUAACUGUUGAGGUAAUUGAUACUUUGUAUUCCAUAUGUUGCAGUUUAUUCGGUAAACAAAAGAAAGUUUGUAUGUAUAAUUAUUGAAUCAGUUUUAAAACUAUUUAUUGCACAAAUUAGUUUUUUUUUUCA